AUGACAAUUUCAUUACUAUUUCAAUAUAUAAUUUUAUUAAUUUUUUUACAUGAAUUAUAUUCAUUUCAAAUAUCAAUAAAUUUAGAUAAAAAUAAUCAUUAUGAUGUAAAUAAUUUUGAAGAAUUUGCUAAAGUAACAUUAGAUGAAUUUAAAAAAUGUUUGCCAAUAUUUUAUAAAUGUCUUUCAUGGAAUGAUAUUCAUGAAGAAAGAUUCAAAGUAUGUAAUAAUUUUUAUGAUAUUAAUUUCAUGAAAAAUUUUGAUGCAAUGAAGGAAAUAUAUUAUGAAUUAGACAUUGAAAUACACAGAUGUUGGAAAUUUAUAAAUCCCUUUACACCAAAUAUGGAUGAUUUCUUUUAUGCUAAUUAA